CCCGGCCAGGCGGGGAUGACGGCGCCGGGCACGAAGCGCCAGAUCUUCGAGCCGUCGCUGGGGAUGGAGCACUGCGACACCAUGACCAUCGGGCUGCAGAUGGGCAGCAACAAGGGCGCCUCGCAGACGGGCAUGACGGUCUACGGGCUCCCGCGCCAGGUCUACGACCCCAAGUACUGCGGCGGCCCCGAGCUCUUCGGCCACGACGGCUACGACGGCCACGACGGGCUCUACAACUCGCAGUAGCCGCCGGAGCCGCCGCCGCUUCCACACCCCCGCCCCGCCCCACGCACCGCCCCGUCCACGCAGCA